AUGCAUUUAGACAAGUGGGUCACUCUUUUCCCAGUUAUUCAGGAUAUUUGCAACAUCUCGGGAAUCCCAGGUGUGUCGCUGGGCGUCGUGGAGAACAAUGAAUUCUACACCGCUUCAUUCGGUUAUGCCGACAUCGCGAGCAAAACUCCCUGCGAUAGCGACACGACUUAUGUCUUAGGAUCACUCAGUAAGGGCGUUACCGCUGCUCUAGUCUCUUCACUUCACGAUGAUGGCACGAUUCCCUCGUGGGAUACUCCACUGGAGUCCCUAUUGCCGGAGUUCCAUCGCGAGGACAUAUACGGCGAAAUUACCUUGAUCGAUUUGCUCACACACCGAACUGGCCUUGCAGCUCUCGACUCUCUCUGGCUGGCUUCAAACAAUGACCCUUACCUGCCUAGAUCAGAGGCUAUUCCGCUACUUAACCACGCGCCGGGUAUCCAGCCAUUUCGAACCAGAUUCAUUUACAAUAACUUCGGCUACGAGAUACUCGGUCAGGUGAUCGAAAAGGUUACCGGCGCGUCAUUUGCGGAGGUCCUUCGACGUCGGCUUCUAGACCCGCUUAAAAUGCGCCACACAUACUAUACUGGGGAGACUCGUGAACACGAAGCUAAGCCCUAUGCUGCGCUAGAGAAUCGGUCCAUGGUCUCUGUUCCACCGCCGCUAUAUGGGAAAGAUGUGUUGAUGGGCCCAGCAGGGGGUAUACGAAGCUCUGUCAACGAUCUAUUAAUCCUCUAUAAAGCCUUUAUGAGUGCUGAGCGUGGCUUGGCCAAUCUCACAAAGCCUGUAAUUCGGGAUAUUCAACAGCUAUGGAGAGGACAUCAAAACAUACCCUUCCCGUCCCUCAGAGAACACUCCUACGGCUUCGGCUGGGCCCGGGCCCAAUUGCCCGCUCAGCUCUCCCGGGGGCCUGAUCCACUCAGGCCUAUUGUUGGAGUAGGAGUACCAUCGCAGCUAGCACUAUUUCACGGAGGCGCCAUCACCGGAUAUAACACUUAUACUGUAUUACUCCCUGAAAUUGAAAGCGCGGCUGUUGUGCUCACCAAUUCCCAAUCUUUGAAUGGCGGGGUUGAGUUGAUUGGUGAGCUUCUUGUCGAAAUGCUCCUAAACAACUCCCACAAUGCCGCCGACUAUCGCAGUUUAGCAAAACUAUUGGCCGAUGCUACAUUACAACAAGAAAUGGACAUCAAUAAGAGCCUUGUCGCAGGCCGGACCGCCAAGAAGCCUUCCAAGCCUCUCGAUGCCUACAUCGGAAAAUAUGUCAACGCGGCUGGCAAUUUUGUCAUUCAAAUAGGAUACACCAAGGACAAGAAAAGUCUGCAGGUCUCAUACAUGGGCCGGAAUGCGGAUGCAUUUAGACUUGUUCCAUACCAGAAAGACAGCUUCUAUUGGAUCUUAACGCAUGAUGAGUCUGCAACGCUUGCGCGAGAGUUCAUUUUUCCAGCAGAAUACCACAUUAUCAAGUUUGGGUCUCAGCAUGGUGGCCCGAAUGUCUCUUGUCUUUGGUGGAAGCAUGAUGCUGACUUGCCAGCACCUGGGGAGUUGUUCGUGAAGACAACAAAGGGCGAUUAUGAAUACGCCAGAGAAGAAUUGUGA